AUGGCGUGUAAUUCCACCAACAUUUGUUCGUACGGUAUGAAACAGUACAAGAGGAAACAGAAUAAAGCCGUCGUGUUGCCGAAUUUCGUCGAGGAAUGGCCGCAGAAUCAACCGUCGCCGCAGAACGCGCUCCUCUACGGCCAGAAUUUUCCGAACGAGACUCAGCCGAAUUCGUUCCCGACAUUGCGCUUUCUCCUCGAGCAAGGCAAGAAACCAACGGAGAGCCUCGCGUCGCCGGCGAAUCCGUACGAUAAUACGUACAACAAUCAUUAUCACGAUCAAUACAGCAACGGAGGUAAUUAUCAGUAUGACAAUCGGUACAGCGAGCAAAUCGCGGCGCAUGUAUCGAAUCAAGUCACUUCGACCGUCCCGAUACAAGCCGGAUAUCAAGCAACUGCAAUCUCUGGAUCUGCGGCCGAACAACACUCGCAGUAUCAGCAACAGGACGUUUAUUACGGAAACGAACAGUGUUACUUGCGACACGAGGCAUAUACGAGAAGGUACAAUCCGUUGCCGAUGACUUCAACAACGCCGAAUCUGGCGUCGCCUGUUGUAAGUCCGUUGCAAGAGACACCGCAACAAAGCAGCAUGUACGCUUCGCAGGAAUACGUGGCGCAACAAAAUUACGCGGGCAACAAUAGCGAGCAAAACAGUCCGAGCGCGGCCAAUAAUCCGAAGUCGCCUGUUCAGAGCCCGUUGCAAGAGACGUCGCAGAGCAACGUGUACGCUACGCAGGGAUACGUAGCGCAACAAAAUUAUGCGUGCAACAACAGCGAGCGAGAAGGUCCGAUCGCAGGUAACGGUCAGAAGUCGCCCGUUGUGAGGCCGUUACAAGAGACGUCGCAGCAAAGUAACGUGUACGCUGCACAGGGAUACGUAGCGCAACAAAAUUACCCGCACGACGACAGCAAGCAAGAAAGUCCGAGUGCAGCGAACGAUCAGGACUCGUCCGUUACUCGGCCGUUGCAAGAGGCAUCUCAACAGAGUAACGUAUACGCUACGCACCAAUACGCAGAGCAACAAAGUUAUGCGAACAAUAGCGAGCAACGAGGUCAUAUCGCUCCUCAUAAAAUCAAGCAACAACCGAUACAGUAUUUCCCAUGGAUGAGGUUUAAACACGAUUCAGGCAAUGAAAACAAAGGAGCACGCAAAAGACAAACCUACACUCAACAACAAACUCUCCAAUUGGAACAGGAAUUUCUUCAAAGCCGUUACCUCUCUAAAGCAGAACGCGUGAAAUUAUCCAGAAAUCUGAAUUUAUCGGAACGACAAAUCAAAAUUUGGUUUCAAAACAGGCGAAUGAAAGCAAAAAAAGAGCAACAGCAAAAGUUAUCUGUCAACCAGCAACGUCAGCAAACAUCCAUGCAAGAACAAGCUAUAUUGCAACAAGAGUCGAUUAUGCAACAACAACGGCCGACCGUGCAACAACAACAGCGGACUCUGCAGCAAGAAUGGUUGAUUACACAACAACCACAACAACUUCAGCAAGCACAUCCGGAUUGUCAAAAUUAUCCACAGCAACAGUAUGUAUUUCAUUGCUCAUCGUAG